GGUGGCAACUGAAAGCUGAGACUCAGAGGAAUAAACUUUGAGAACUGGCGAGUGCACUACAGUGGACAAAAUCCAAGGCGCACGAGCAUCUGUAAACCGUUGAUUGACUUGUAAGAAUGAGUGAUUGAUUGUUCGGUUGUGUGAAUGUGUGUGGCCGAUGCUGGGAAACCUCUGCCGCAGAGUGCGUUGUUAUCUCAAUCACAUCGCGGAAACAGGAAAAGAUAGAAUCUGAGACAGAUUGGAAUCGAUUCCUACGUUGCUCUUUUUGUCGAGUCUACGGUAGCUUUUCUUGCACAUCGCAGCAGAAAAAAGCAUCUACAACACAAAAGAUGACAAUCUUAAUUGACAAGGAUAUAUGUAUGUAAACCUUGAAGAAGAGGAAGGAAUAAAAACUCUUAAAACCCCAAAACCUAUCAACAAUAUUGCAUAGGAAGUUCAAACUCCGGAGAUAGAACAUAAGACAUCAUGAGCAGUACCAACAAUGCCUAUUCUCCUCCUCUUCCUCUUCCUCAUCCUCGUGUAACCUACCAUGAGCCGCUUGACUUCUUCUUCGGGAUUUUUGAGGACGAUGAUGGUGAAUGGGCUUUUGGGAACCCUGUUGCUCCCCUGCAUGAUAAUUUUCAAGACACUCAAGUUACCAGAACGGGUGCGUCGGAUUCAAGGCGACCAUUUGAGGGAACGCUAGCACUUGCAAGACCUCCAGGCUUAGCAGGUUCAGCAGUAGCACCAAGUUCCCGAAUUCAUGUUCUGGUCCAUGAAAUGGCAAGACAGGCAGACCCUAGACAGAUGAUCGGCAGACAAUGGAAUGCGGCCCCCCCCUAGACUUGAAGCAGACUCCAGAUUGACCCGUAACGAGCAAAAGAUGGCAUUGCAGAAGCUGAAGAAAGAGAUAUACAAUCCUUUUCGGAGAAUAUCGCAGAGGGUGAACUUGUAUUACAGAGACACAGUUAUGAAUGAGAAGGAAAUGGAGACUGAUGAAAAUAGCAAGAGGUGUGCCAUUUGCUUGGAAGACUUU